GAUUAACUAUGACGCUACUCGCAUUGCAGGGCUAUAAAAAGGCGGCGAGAUAAACACUAUGGGUCUUUGCAGAAGGCGGGAUGAUUCGUUCUGGUUCUGGUUGGACUUUGCCUCAAACAGAUCAAGAUACUCGGUGAUCAAUAGUGACAACCCAGUUAUAGUGAACUUCCACGCCGAGUGGUGCGACCCCUGCAAGAUCCUCACGCCCAAGAUGCUCGAGCUGCUGGAGAACUCCAGCGAGAUCGACUUGGCGGUGAUUGACGUGGAGACGAACCUGGAUCUCGUGGAGACCUUCGAGGUGAAGGCUGUGCCCGCGGUGCUGGCCUUCAGGAACGGAGUGGUUGUGGACAAGUUCAUCGGGCUGGUGGAUGCGAACAGCAUCGAGACGCUAAUCGACAAACUGAAGCGGAAGCAGCAGCAGAAGCAGUAGGCGUAGCUCAUAGGGAACCAGGAGUACAGGAAGAGGCGGAAGCGGAGGCGGAGGAAGAUCGAACGGUUGCGAUUUUAUACACGAAACAGGAGACUGUAACUGCGAUAGCCCUAUCCCGAGGCAGGACUCACAAUCAUCGAUGCUGAACGUGCAAAAUACCUUAAUUGCAAUAAACUAACACUAAUUACGGCUAAAGCGUUAUUCUGAAGCACUCCCAAAUGUUUACUCCAAGGGGCAAUGAAAGAACCACGGACUGUUUAUGAACAAUUGGCGUUCGCUUUAUUCUGACAUGACAUUACUCAAUAUACGUACAUAAAACUCGCUCUUGCCCCAAGCUAAUUACAAUAGUGAUCUAACAACAUCCUCCAGGACAACGAUCCGGUACUCAAUUCGUUAGGCAUAAUACAAAUAUAGACGUACACGUACGGUUUGGAUUUGGGUAAAAAUAAUAACUCAACAUGUAUAUAUAUAAACAGAACAGAAACAAAUUCGAAGCCCGUCAGUCGUCCGGGAAAAUACGGAUAAUAAAAAAGCUUAAGACUAACCCGAAACGGUAACGAUGUCGGUAUCGGUUGCGGCGAAGCGAAUAGCAGCGACGGCUGACGGGCUUUCGAAAACUGUUUUUCUUUUUUCAAUUUUUGCUUUUUCUUAGAUUACACAGCCGCACAAAGGAAGCCGAGAGGUCGGAGUUCGUCCAGGAAGCAUUCAGCAGCGGGUCUUUAAUCUUUGGGUUUCUACGCGGAGUUCAGAGUUCAGAUACAGAAUUAGCCCGAAAAUGUUUUCGGAUUUGGAUACAAUAAAAUAGUCCCUAGGGCAGGCUAAACUUA